AUGAAGGAGGAGGAAGAAGUUCUUUUGUGGAUGAACCUGGGAGCAGAUUCACGGACAGAUUCAUCUCCAUCAACUUCAAGACUGUCCUUCUUUCCUCCACACAGCAUUUUUGUCCAAGGAGAGGAGAUGACCUUGAAAUGUUCAGUUCCAGACACACAUCAGCUACAGAUUUUCUUUUUCCGUUGUAAAAAUGAGUCCGGUUCUCCCAUCCUGGAAAAAGCUCAUCAGAGAAAUACUUGGAAUAUCAGCACCGCACAUCUGAAUGAAACCCGGAAGCUUAUUUGCAGCUGUUGGUCAAAAACCCACACUGGAACAGGGACAAAAUGGUCCUAUUCUCCACAAAGUGAUUCCAGAGAGUUCUUGGUUGUUGAGAUCCCUCCUCCCCCGCUGCUAAAAUUGGAUCCUUUGUCCCAGAGAGAGAAGGAAGGGGACUGCCUGUUCCUCCUUUGCUCGGCUGAAGGAAGCCUCACUGAGAAGGAGUUCCAUUUCUACAAGGAUGGGGUGGAGAUCACCUCCAGUGAAGAAGGCCUUCUGGAACCUUCCAGGGAACCCACAAAUCCUCUUCAAAGGGCCUCUCUGAGAAUCCCUCAUGCCUCGUUCAGCCACAGUGGGGAAUUUGCUUGCAGUUAUGAAGAGAAGAGAAGCAACCGAUGGGUUACGUCUUCUUGGAGUCAGGGGACAAACAUCACAGUUGAGAGAGGUAGGAGGAGAUUUGGAUGUGGUUAA